AUGCGACUGGAUACCCCAAUGUCAACAAAAAAGAACUUGGACCAGAACGACGUAACCGUUGCCGUCUCGGACAACGAGAGUCUGACCUCGGCAGCAUCCACCAACUCGUCCAAGGGCCUCUUGGGCGGCCCCCACAAUGGCAACGUCUUCGACGAAGCUACACCGAUCCUGGACUCGGAAUCGCGACCUUCGCGAAUGGUGAUUAUACUAGCGUUGGCGUCGUCGAUUUCGGGGUUCAUGUUUGGCUACGACACGGGGUACAUAUCUUCGGCGUUGGUGCAAGUGGGCACUGACUUGUCGGAUAAGCUCUUGACGAACGGGGAGAAGGAGUUUAUAACCUCGGCGACGUCGUUGGGCGCGCUACUAGGUGCCAUUCUUGGUGGACUUCUCGCCAACUAUGUGGGAAGGAAAGGUGUUUUAUUGGGCUCAAAUGUGAUAUUUGUGGUGGGGACUAUUGUUCAGCUUGUUUCGAAAACAGUGUGGUGCAUGAUUGCCGGCAGGUUCAUCUUGGGGUGGGGGGUGGGCAUUGCGUCGUUGAUUGCCCCGCUUAUGCUUUCGGAGCUCGCUCCCUCCAAGUACCGAGGAAGACUAAUUGUCACCAACGUCAUGUUUAUCACUGGGGGCCAGUUGGUUGCCUAUUUCAUCAACUGGGGGUUGACGCGAGUUGCGCACGGAUGGAGAGUUUCGGUGGGGUUGUGCAUGGUGCCGCCCGUUAUCCAGUUUGUGCUAUUCUGGUUCUUGCCAGACACACCGAGAUUCUACAUUAUGAAUGGCGAAGUUGUAAAAGCCAAAGAUGUGUUGAGGAAAAUCUACAACAACCCAUCCGAAGCAUUCAUUGACGCCACCGUCGACGACAUGAUCCGCUCUGACUCGACAGUUCCUGGCCACAAUGCUUUCCAAAAAGCAUGGAAGUCGCUCAAGAUUAUCCAUACCACCCCUGGAAACUUUAGGGCUUUGAUACUAGCAUGUGGACUUCAAGGUAUCCAACAGUUUACCGGUUUCAACUCGCUAAUGUACUUUAGCGCAACUAUAUUCGAGACCAUUGGGUUCAAAAAUCCCACCGCCGUGUCCAUCAUCAUCUCAGCAACGAAUUUUGUCUUUACCGGCAUCGCUCUCUGCAUCAUUGACAAAGUCGGCAGAAGAAGGAUCUUGCUCGUUGGUAUGCCAUGCAUGUGCGCAUCCUUGGUUGUUUGCGCCGUAGCAUUCCAUUUCUUGAACAUUGAUUUUUCCAGCGGCAUGCAGAUAGUCUCGAGAGGCAUCAACGGAUGGGGCAUUGUGGUCAUUGUCGGAAUGAUUCUCUACGUUGCAUCCUACGCCAUUGGAAUCGGCAAUGCAGCAUGGGUGGGCGUCGAGCUUUUUUCAGACGUCAAUGUGCGUGCCAUUGGCGCAAUGUUUGCCUCUGCCACCAACUGGACUGGCUCAUUAGUGGUGGCAUCUACUUUUUUAACCAUGUUGGAGAAUAUUACACCCACGGGCACGUUUGCCUUCUUUGCCGGCUUGUGCUUAAUUUCAUUCUUCUUUGUCUACUUCUUGCUUCCCGACACCGCCGGGUUGGAGUUGGAGGAAACAACAAACUUUUUGGCCAACGGAUUCAACGUGAAACAGUCGGUCGAGCUAUCAAAGUUGAGGAAGAAACAGUCCAAGUACACAAAUGAUGCAUCCCCAUAA